AUGCCCAACAGGCCAACACUGCCGCUUCUUCUGCCUGCAACCGUUGACCGUAUAUCACCGCUGCAUUCACCGCGUUCACCACUUGACGCAAGAGAAAGGGAGGAACGUAUUAACCGGAAAUACAAUGAGCUGAGGUCGCGUUCCGGUCUUUUGACAAUAAUGGGAACAUCGCAUCGAUGUUCAGCAGAUUUUUUAGAGCAAAUCUCAGUAAUCGGCGAAGGUUCCUUUGGUGUCGUUUUGAAAGCAAGAUGCAAACAUAAAAGCACCUUAUUAGCUUUAAAGAAAAUUUUAAUCUCAAAUGUGGAAAACUAUAAAUCAGCAGUUACCGAUUUGGCUGUAAUUAUGGAAGCACAUGCUUGCCCAAAUAUUGUCAAAUGUUAUGGUUGUUUUGUUACCGAAUCGGAAAUAACUAUCUGCUUGGAAUUGAUGGCCAUGGGGUUUGACAGAAUUUUGAAAAGAAUUUCUAUGGUUCCAGAAAACAUUAUUCGUCAGGUGGCACUAUCUUCUGUUAAUGCUUUAAGAUAUUUAAAAAGCCUUCACAUGAUGCAUCGGGAUAUAAAACCAGCAAAUAUAUUAAUUGAUUUACAUGGAACUAUUAAACUUUGUGACUUUGGUUUAUGCGGACGACUAAUUGACACUAACAGGGCAGAAACGUUUUCAUUAGGUACAUCUGCUUAUCUACCGCCUGAACGAAUUGGUGGUCAACAAAAAUACGGAAUUCGAGCAGAUGUUUGGAGCCUUGGGAUAACGCUGUACGAAUUAGCAACUGGAAGAAAUCCAUACUCAGAAGCCGUCACUCACAUGGCAAUGGAAAUAAUGAUCUCCCGUGAACCCUCACCAAGGUUAAACCCAUCAAAAACGUAUUCUAAGAUUUUUUGCGAAUUUUUGAAUCAAUGCUUGCAAAAAAGACAAGAAGAUCGCCCUCAUUAUAGUGACCUAGAGAGAACUCCGUUCCUGACAGAGGCAAGAAACGACUCUAGAACGAAUGUUGAAUCAUGGCUUCAAUUUGUGAUAUCAUAA